AUGGAGCCCGUUUCUCUAGCAUUUGCUGCUUGUUCCAUGGUGGAGCUCUGCAUCAAGUGUGGGCGGGGUCUUCAUGCGCGAUGUCAGGCGUAUAUACAGGCCGAAGCUGAAAUGGCUAAUGCCCUUCUUCGUAUUGAGGGUUAUUGGCUGAAGAUUGAGGAUGAAGUCACCACCCUACGCGAUAUUUGGCAUGGACUAGACGGUCGUCUUCAAAUCCACCACAAUCAGGUUCUGCAAACGCUCCUACAAAUUUUGCAAAGCGCGUAUAACACGCUCGGCGAUCUUUUUGGGGAGCCUGAGGAUACCCAAUGGUCCGGAAACAUGGCAAAGCAGGGGAAGAUCCAGCGACUGAAGUAUGCGGCCUACGGAAAAAAAUCGCUAGAGCGUAUCGUCGAGCAACUUGAGCAGUGGCAUCGACACUUUGACCCCUCGUGGAUUUUGCUAUCGCGUCUUUCGGUGCCCGUUAUUCAGCAACAGCUUGCAGAAAAAGGAGAACGUGGUAACAAAGCCAUAGUACCUAUUCUACAGCUCCGCGAGGCACAUGGCAAAAGCAAAUUACCUGCAGAUGAAACCUCGACGACGUCAAUCUUUCUCGAUGCCGAUUAUCUCAUAAAGAAUGCAAAGGGAAUCCAAUUCACUACGGCGUUAACCGGUUUAGCACCGACCGGAAAGAUGGUGAUUGUUGACAAGUAUACGUUACGCGGGGAUGUCGACCAAAAGGUUGUCAAAAAGGACAUCCGAAAUCUGGCCGUAAUUCUGUCAAAGGUCAACCCGACUUUUUCUUCUCUGCUGCCUUGUCAAGGUGUCAUCAUAGCAAAAGAUGAAUCGCACUUUCGCAUGAUAUUUACCAUACCCCGCGAGAUGAGCUUUUACGAGCCUUGCAGCCUUCGAUCUAUGCUGUUGAACCGGGCCGAAGCAUACCCUCUCAACGAGCGAGUGCAUCUGGCUGUCUCACUGGCUCGAUCCGUGGUUUUUCUUCAUGCUUCUCGGAUUGUACACAAAAACAUAUCCCCAGAGAAUAUCAUCAUACUUCACCCGGGUGCGGGUGUGCUUGGAACUUCGGUACUGGUGGGAUUUGAACGCUUCCGUUUUGACGAGCAGCGCACAAAUCUGUUAGGCGAUAAUCUCUGGGAAAGGAAUCUAUAUCGCCACCCCGCACGGCAGGGUCUUCACCCAGAAGAAAUCUAUAACAUGCGACAUGAUAUCUACAGCAUCGGGGUGUGUCUGCUAGAAAUUGGAUUGUGGAGCUCAUUUGUGUACUACUUGGACGAUCAGACAGUCCCCAGUUCAGAGCUACCGAUCACGAAUUUGUUGACUGCCAAAAACAAGCGGAAGGGCGCAGUGGGAAUCAAGUCUGUUCUUAUUGACUUGGCGAAAUCCCAUUUACCCCGUAUAAUGGGUAGAAUCUAUACGGAUACAGUCAUUAAUUGUUUGACUUGCCUGGACUCCGACAGUCUGCUUUUCCAAGACGAAAGUGAAUUCGAGGAUGAGGACGGGAUUCUAGUCGGCGUGCGAUAUAUUGAAAAGAUCUUGUUUGAGAUAGAGAAGAUCGUAGUUUAA